AUGACGCCGUUGUGGAAUCAGCGAACGGGGCGAGAAGCACCGAGACCCAGAUGGGGACUGACAGAUCAAAGGAUUAAACUCCCUAAAUGCCCAAACGCUGCCCCUCUGCAAUCCCUGCCCACUUACGCGCCCAGAUCAAGAUCCCGUAGGGUACCCACAGACUACGGGAAUUUAGAAAGCUCCGUGAUUGGGGCGAGUCACUGGGGGGAACCUGGAGUUCCCAGAGCGAGUGGCUACCACGCCCGGCAUGCGGAAGCGAGCCCAGUGCGGCCACGAAUCGUCACCGUGGUAAGGCCCAGUGGAAAAGAGAGCCUGCGCAAGAUCUCACUACUGUUAAACCGUCGUGCUGUGCAGACGUUUGAGCAGUUAAUGGCCGAUGUCUCCGAGGCACUUGGUUUCCCCUGCUGGAACAAUGCUCGUAUUCGACGCCUAUUCAGUCCAGCCGGCCGCGAGAUCCACAGCAUUGCUGACUUCUUCCGUGUCGACAACGCCUUUCUGGCUUUUGGGAUCAGCCGCCCAUUGCUUGAUGAGAUACAUGUCGCGCUGAAUGAGUUAUAUCCUGAAAACCUUGGCUACUGUGAGAACCUGCUGAGGAUCUGGGAGCGUAUGCUGAGACCAAAGCCCACUAAAGCAGACAGUGGUUUCCAUGAUGAUGACCCCGAGGCAUCUUACCUGCUGCAUGACCAAAAGGUGAUCCAACCAAUUGCCAACAACCUGCAGCCUGUUGGAGGAAAAGGAAGGCAAAGAGAAAAGGUGAAAAAAGAAAGACAGAAAAAAGAAAGAGAGUUGUGGAUGAGGAAAGGUGACCUGCUGAAAGACGACAAGAAGGAGACAAAAAAAGAGCAAAGAAAGACAGAACCUGUUUAUUGCAAGAGCUGUCGAGGAUGUGGUCCUCCAAUUCCCCAAAUCAGAACCAAGCCACAUUCUCAAGCGAACAGGCCAAAUAACCAGAGCGAAACAAAUACGACUUCCGAAAAAACACCACACAGAUCACCAGAAGUAGACGAGAAUGUGGCCAAUCCUAACUCUACCCCCACUGUUCAUCAAAAUCAGCAUAACGCUCUCAUUAUGGAGACGAUAUUUGAGAGACCAACUCAACUAGAAACAAUAUCACAGAAAAACCUGAAGGGUAAUCUACCACCUGACGGUGCUGAAGUUUCAUUAGAAGACAUUGAGCGCUCAUACGAAAUCGGCCGUGUGGUAGGAGAUGGGAACUUUGCAGUGGUGAGGGAAUGCAGAGUACGUGGCGUAUCUGAAACCUUUGCCAUGAAGAUCGUGGACAACGCUAAACUGCAGGGCCGCAGUCACAUGAUCCAGAACGAGAUCGCUCUGCUACGUAGCCUAAAACACCCCCGACUUAUCCAGCUCUUUCGUUCGCAUCACACAGACACCCAUGUGUACCUGCUGAUGGAGCUGGUAACAGGUGGAGACCUGUUUGAUCUGUUGAUCUCUCAGAGCGGCAGGUUUAAUGAGCCAAGUGCUGCUUGCAUGAUUAGAGACAUAAGUCAGGCUUUGGAAUACAUCCACAACAAGAGCAUUGCGCACCGAGACAUCAAACCUGAAAACCUACUGGUUCAGCGCAAUGGCAGUGGAGGUGUGAAUCUGAAACUGGCUGAUUUUGGACUAGCCAUGGUGAUAACAGAACCGGUGUUCACAGUUUGUGGCACACCCACAUAUGUUGCUCCGGAGAUACUUGCUGAGACAGGUUACGGUGUUGCAGUAGAUAUCUGGGCGAUGGGUGUUAUCCUGUUUGUGCUCCUGAGUGGCUUUCCUCCAUUCCGCAGUGCAGAUCGUAAUCAAGAGGAGCUCUUUCGUCUCAUCCAGAGAGGAGAUGUCCACUUUCUGUCCCCUUACUGGGACAAUGUGUCUGAGGGUGCCAAAGCUCUAGUCAGAGCUCUGCUGGAGGUGGACCUAAAAAGGCGUUUGACAGCUAGUCAAACUCUGCAGCAUCACUGGCUUCAACAUGCAACAGCAGAGAAAGACCAUAAGGUGGCGACAAAAGCCACUGACGGAACAACUGAGAAGAACAACCACCAGAAACUAAAUGGCAAAACUAUAGAGAAUGCACAAAAACAAGAAAUAUCAUCAGAAGAUUCUCAUGCAUCACAAAUCAAUGAGUACAAACUAAAUAAAUACGAACCAGAUAUUAAAGAACAUAAAGACAAGCAGACGCAGCAAAGUCACAAAAUUACCAGUGACCGACAACAUAAAUCUAAUACAGAAGACGCAACCUCAAACAAGCUACAUAGCACAGAUCAGAACAAACCUAAGAGACCAGCAGAGAGAGAAAACUUAGACUCAAAACAAGAGUGACCUGCUAAAUAAUGAGUGAGCCAGAGAAAUGACCUGCUGAGCAAUGACAGAAAGAAGGUCACUGAAGAGUGAAGAAGCCAUCAUAAAACCAAUGACGUAUGACAAGACUACAGUACAAUAUAUGAUAUAUAAAUGUUUAAGUGCAGGGAAUUUAGUGAUUAAAGAAGAACAGUAAUAAUUACUUUAAAAGAAACAAACAGCUUAACACAAAACAAAUGAAAUGAUGUAGUUUCCUUAUAUUCUCUAAUCUACACAAAAACUAAGAGCACUGAUCAGAGUGUGAAAACUGUGUGUGUUAAAUGUACAUCUAAUGUAAAUGUAAGUGCACUGUUUUUCACAAGGCAUGUCAGGUUUCAGAUGAAGUACCUGCUAUCAACGUGUGUUGUUUAAGAAACAAAUAUUUUUUAUCUUGCAGGUCUAUAAAUAAUUUAGCUGUAUUGUAUUGUUUAGCUUUGUUUUAAUUGAAAGGUAGUAAGAACGAGUUUCUUAUUCUAGGAAGAAUUUAAAAUGUUUUUGUCAAUUUCAGCAUCUGUAGCUUGAGUGCCAAUUUGCGUGUCAGUUGGCCAGCCAUUUUUGUUAUAGUAUGGUAGACUAGCUAGAAAGAAUCUAACAGUAUUUAAUAGGAAUUGUCUUCCUGUGUCUCACAUUACAUGUGCUGUAACUAUAUUGUGUAUUUAAUAAAAUGGUUUCGGUUUA